AUGGCUUCGCCAUUUCAGUUUACGUCUCUUCGUAAAUCUCAAAACAUUUCAUACCACCCUUCCUGCCAGCGGACGCCGAGCCUCACGCCAGAUUUUGGUGAUGAUGAUACCUGCUCUCGGAGGUCGAGCGUGUCCGUUGGCUUCGACCCGAUACUAGACAGGCUGAACAAUCUCCGUGCAAAUCAGAAGAAGCACCCACUACCGCUUCUCGAUGGCCUUUGCCUUCAGACUCCAUUCGAGCAUGUGGAAAUGGAGUCAACCAGCGAGAUGCUCACAGCCGAAGAAACCGGGGAGUCAAAGAAACCACAGGAACAGGAACAAGGCGAAAAGGAGCCACAUUGCAAUCUCAAAUACUUCUUCGAAGAGAGGGAUUACGCCCGGUACCUCCGUGUAGACCUGGGUCAAGCAUGGAAACCACUGGCGGAACAGUUCGCCCAAAUGUUUCCCAAGCCGCGGAGCCCCGGCGGUCUACAGGGAGCGUACUACCGGGAACACAAGAUACUUCCUCUCAUAAUCGGUGGCCAGCUCCAGUUCAUGGAGAACGGCCACGUCGUGCCCACCAAGGUCCUGACACGAGACCAGUCAGAGAUGAAGCACUUAUAUUCGCUGGUGUAUCUAUAUCCAGAACGUGCGAUGAACUACUCCUGGCUCCCCGCCGCUGAGCGCGAACGCGCAUACCAGCUCAACCAAGAACGACAACCGCAGAUAGAAAUGGCACGGCUCGAAGCCCAGCAGCGCGGAACAUACGUCGAGAAACUACCACCCGACGAGGAAUGCGGCUGCUGCCCUAGCGAGGACCGCAAGCGGAAUCCAGAUCUGAUGAAGGCUAGGCCUGCGCCCAAAAAGGCCAUUGUCCGUCCCCUUUCUCGUCCGGUCCGAAGGCGAGCAAUUACAAGAAGAGCGAGAGCUUAUAAGCUUUAG